UUAUGCUCGACACAAGAUCCGAAGCCUCGGUUCAAAUGUCCCAUCACUAUUCGACAGCAUGAAGAACAAUUUCAAAUUCUUUCAGAUCGUUCUACUAAUGUGCGGAGUGUGUGGUGCUGAAACAGAUGAAGAGAAGACAGUGCCAGUGAUGGAGGGAGAAUCUGUUACUCUAAACCCUGAUCUUACUAAAAUACCAGGAUUUAAUCUGAUGAAGUGGAGGUUUAGAGAUUCACGUUCAGUCAUUGCUCAAAUCGAUAGAAAUAUGAUUUCAUAUCCUAGUCUCACUGAGAUGUUCAAAGACAGACUGAAGCUGGAUCAGACUGGAUCUCUGACAAUCACAAACAUGAGAACUAAACACUCUGGACUUUAUAAACUAGAGAUCAACCACAACACUGGGACCUCGUAUUUCAUUUUCAGUGUUACUGUCUAUGAGUCUCCAGCUGUUAUUGAUGCUUUUAAAGGUGAAAUGAAGAGUGUAUCAGUGACGGAGGGAGAAUCUGUCACUCUUCAGACUGAUACUGAAACACACGGAGAUGAGCUGAUAGUGUGGAGGUUUGGAGAUGAAGGGAAACUCAUAGCUAAACAUGAUCUAGAGGCCAAGAGUCCACCAUUAUAUGAUCCUGAUGAGAGAUUCAGAGACAGACUGAAGCUGGAUAAUCAGACCGGAUCUCUGACCAUCACAAACACCAGAAUCACAGACUCUGGAGUUUAUAAAGUAAAGAUCAGCAGCAGCAAUCAGACUUUAUACAAGAGAUUCACUGUCACUGUCAGCGUACCAGGUCUAUCUUCAGCUGCUGUAAUAGGGAUUGUUGUUGGUGUUCUGCUGGUAUUAUCCGCAGCUGCUGGUGUUUUUUACUAUCGUCUAAAAGUCUCUGAACUACAAAAGCUAAUGAAUAUAGAAGUCAUAGAGGGAGAAUCUGUCACUCUAACCUCUGGCAUUGAAAUAAACAAAGAUGAUCAGAUACUGUGGCUGUUUGGAGAUGGAAAGACUGUCAUAGCUGAAAUCCAAAGAGGGACUGGAAAGAUCACUGUUCCUGAUGGGAGAUUCAAAGACAGACUGAAGAUUGACAAGGAGACUGGAUCUCUGACCAUCAGAAACACCAGACCUGAAGACAGAGGAGUCUAUAAACUGAAGAUCACAGGCAGCAGACUUGUGCAGAACAUGUGCAGAAGACUUGUGCAGAACUUGAACAAAAGAUUCAUCGUUUCUGUCAGAGAACAUCAAGUGUAUAAAUCAGUGCUGAAGGGACGUUAUGUCACUCUGAAGUAUGAAACUGAAAUACAGAAGGGUGAUAAAAUACAGUGGAAGUUUGGAACUGAAGAGAAACUCAUCGCUGAAAUGACUGGAGAGAACCGUGAGAACCGUCAAUGGUCUGAUGAAUUCAGAGACCAAAUGAAGCUGAACACUCAGACUGGAUCUCUCAUCAUUCAACAAACCAGACCUGAACACGCUGGAUUAUAUAAACUAGAGAUCAAUACCAGUGAUUAUUCAACAUUCAGACUCUUCAAGCUUAUCGUCUUUGAUGAAGAGAAGUCAGUGUCAGUGAUGAAGGGGGUGGAUGUGACUCUACGUGUCAAUCCUGAAAUACAGACAGGAGAUAAGAUAUUCUGGAUGUUUGGAGAUAACAACAGUCCUGUAGCUACAAACACAGAAGAAAAGUGUGAAGAAGAGUGUGAGUACAGUGAUUCUAGAUUUACAGACAUUGUGGAUCUGAAUCAUCAGACUGGAGAUCUCACCAUCAAGAAGAUCAGAACUGACCACACUGGAGAAUACAAACUAAAGAUCAUCAGAAAUGGCAAAUCCUCAUUCAAGUUAUUCACUGUUACUCUUUCUGAAUAUCAAGAGAAUGAAUCAGUGGUGAAGGAACGUUCUGUCACUCUGAACUAUGAUACUGAAAUACAGAAGGAUGAUAAAAUACAGUGGAAGUUUGGAGAUAAACUCAUAGCUGAAAUGACUGGAGAGAACCGUGGGAACCCUCGAUGGUUUGAUGAACUCAGAGGCCAAAUGAAGCUGAACCCUUGGACUGGAUCUCUCAUCAUUCAACAAAUCAGACCUGAACACACUGGAUUAUAUAAGAUAGAGAUCAAGACCAGAGAUUAUUCAACAUUCAGAUUCUUCAGUCUUAUCGUCUUUGAUGAAGAGAAGUCAGUGUCAGUGAUGAGGGGGGCAGAUGUGACUCUAUGUGCCAAAAUACAGACAGGAGAUAAGAUAUUCUGGAUGUUUGGAGAUAACAACAGUCCUGUAGCUAAAAACACAGAAGAAGAGUGUGAAGAAGAGUCUGAGGACAGUGAUUAUAGAUUUAAUGACUAUGUGGAUCUGAAUCAUCAGACUGGAGAUCUCACCAUCAAGAAGAUCAAAACUGUCCACACUGGAGAAUACAAACUAAAGAUCAUCAGAAAUGGCAAAGCCUCAUUCAAGUUAUUCAAUGUUACUGUUUCUGGUGAGUGAAAUAUUUACUUUCAUUGUAAUUAUGAUUUUAUUUUAGAUCAGUAUUGUGUCGUUCUUAAAGGAUAGUUCAGCCAAAAAUGUAAGUUCAUUCAUCAUUCAAUCACUCUCCGUCAUGUCGUUCCAAACCCACAAGACCUUUAUUGAA